AUGACCAAAGAUUCGAAGAUGCGGGUCCCUGCCGCGGGCCUCGACGACCUGCCACCUCACGACUGGUUAGUCCUUACCUACCAAGCAAGCAACGGCCGUCUGCCGCCACCAGACCGAUCUACUACACGCCAAUCUGCUCCUUAUGUUAGACAAGAACCACUUGCACUGGUUCCGAUGGUCGUCCGGCGCAGACCACUUUCGCCGCCUGUCCGCAACAUACCGAACGUACUACGAGACAUGCAGGAGGAGCCACGCCAGGAUGCACAGGCACGAUCCUUAGAAACGUCAUCCGAGAAUGAGAUCCCACGUCAUCCAAGAGAUCCACGGGAUAACUUCCUAGUAUCGCGUCGGGGAUCACCUUGGCGCACGGCUGAACCGGACUCGCCAGCACCGGAACACCAUCCGACUGUUACAAGCACAGAAGAUCGGUACAACCAAGGUAAAUUCACUUUCAGUCUCGGCGAAGUUAAGAGAAAGACUAAUGAUCCUAUAGCAGCUAUUGCCAACUUUGAAGCCAUGGCCGCUCGUCUUCGUGCCGAGAACCCACGUAGCGCUACAUUGGCAUCUAACGCCGCCCACAUCACGAAUGGUCUAGCGGCAGCAGUACUACCGGACAUGCCGCCGAGGCAGAGGCCACAGAUGCCGCGCUUGACGUUUGGUAACAUGACAAGAGGCCCGGGUAUCACGGUAUCCUCUAUCAACACGGAGAGCGAGGCAGACCCGAAGGUUCUAUAUCAGCUCGCUUACGGUCUGUGUGGUAUCUGCAAGGGAGACUUGGUCGACCCACAUAAGACAAGCUGCGGGCAUGUAUUUUGCAUGGAGUGCAUCACCGCCUGGCUUGACAGUCCGGUCGGGCGAGCUUGUCCAACCUGCCUCCACGGCGAGGCUCGCACUACUCCAUCCACAGGUCAAGAGCGCGGGUAA